AGGACCGACCCUCAAGGUCUGCUCAGUCCUCAAUGCUCGUAGAUUCAGCGCAUGCAACCCAUUUAAAAUGGCUUUUGUUAAUAUUUGUAUUGUAAGUAGGCCUUAUGUCAUCUGCAUAGCUCUCAGGUGUGUGCUUUCUUUUUUUUGUUCACAGUCAGGGUGUGACCUUGUUAGUGGUGGUUGUAGUACCUAUGCUAAGAUCUUAGAAUAUAUUUAAUUGUUCUGUGUGUGUUGAGCUUUUCUAAACAUUAUCAAGAUGGUUUCGCAUUACCUCUUCACUUGAGUCAUUGUCACAAGUACACCAACAAAACACAGAAAAGCCAAAAGGUUGGCAUAACGGGAAUAUCAAUAAUGCUGGUAGGGAGAAGAGUGAAAGAUGGGUGCUUUUGUUUUUGUUGGGCAGAAAGCUUAAACGUAAUGAGCUGUUUUUAUACUUUUUUGUUUUUUUAUUUUACGUCAUGGAUCAAUGUUCGACACGUUUUAAUCUACUGUUGAGUUUUAAAUUAGAUAACAUGGAUUGAAUGUAUAUUAUUAUUGUUAUUUUCAUUUUAUUCUGGGAAUAGCAUUAAAUAAAUUGGAUUGAAUACCAAAUGUUUUCAAUGUCGUGUCCUUUGCGCCGGGGAAAAAGGGAGAUUAUUAAAUAAACUCUAGAUGGCAAUGUUAGGCCUCAAUCUCGCAACCAGUGAACAGACACGCUAAUAUAAAAAAUAAAUAAGUGACUCUUACUUUUCUUUUCCAUAACAUGUUGUAUCAAUCUAUCUAGUAUCAAGACAAAAACAACGUUAGGCCUACUCGUGUUCAUCACCAGCAACUAUUAGUCGACUCUUGUAUGUUCUCCAUAGCAGGUGCAACGCACCAGUUUUAAUUGUUUCUACCUUUUUCUAUCUUUUUUUUAAAGUAUGUCUUAUUAAUCAAAUAAGUAAAAAUGUAAUGUUAAAUCUCACAACAGUCAAAUCUGUUGUGGCCUACGACUUGAUCAAAGUCAAACUAAGAACGGAUGCGGACGGUACCUCCCGGUUCCUCCCCCAUGCUCUCCCCCAUGCCCUCCCCUCCCUCCCAUUGUUUAGCCUCAUUCCCAGACGUCCUCCUCUCACGACGGAACGGCCCGAGCGCGAUGGUUCAGAUGCACGUAUUGGAUAGACUCAGGAGGGCCGACUCAGUGACCGUGAGAGGCGAGAAGGGCGGGACUUCUGAUAAACGGAUAUCCAUUUCGGCGUUGCAUGUUUUUUCGGAUAUUGAGUUAAAAAAAAUAAAAAAAUUACAUGUUUAAACUCCUUGUGGUUAUUAUUGUUCGCAUGUUCUUCUUGUUUAUUUUCGCUCCCCGGGGGAACUGUUAACUUUCGUACAAAGCGUAUAGGAGGUACAAAAACGGAUAUGGCGUUGCAGGAGACCGGGGUAACGCUGCAAUCCAUGACCCUCUCUUGGCCUACCCAUUGUUCAACGAGGGGCCCCCACUGCUCACAGGCACCUCCCACUUGGUGGUGCCGUACCGUUAUGUGCGAGACACUCAAAGUUAGAAUAACGGUGUUUAACGGGGACCACAAGGAACCACACCGAACAUGUGAGUCUGGCCAGCCUUCUUGAGUUUUACUUUCGACGUCCAACAUGAGCUUGCAGGUUCCCUGGUGGGUCCCGCUGCUGUGGCUGGCAGGUGUGUGCUCCGGCGUCCAGGUGUUCGUGAGGGACGAGAAGCGCUUCGCCGUGCUCUUCCAGGCGGUGGUCCUGCCGUGCCACUACACCAGCGUCUCCACCCAGACCCCCGUGGUGCAGUGGGUGUACAAGUCCUACUGCCGCGACCGCACGCGCGACACCUUCGGCUUCUCCAACAGCCGGGCCGGCGCCGGCGGGGCCCUGGGCGCCGGGGCGGGGGGGGGAGCGGGGGGGGGACGGGGGCGGGGGGGCGGCGGGGGGAGGGGAGGCUAUGACGGGGGAGUGUCGGCGGCGGUGGUGGAUUACCUGGACUGCGCCGACAGCAGCCGCACGGUGCGCACCGUGGCGUCCAUCGCGGGGUCCUCCGUGACGCUGUCGGAGCACUACAAGAACCCGCGACAUCUCCAUCAUCAACAGUGAGUGAGCGCUUUGGUCCUGGGCGAUCGACCCGCUGG